GAUUCGCCUUCUGCGGGCGGGCUCCUGAUUGGACAGCGCUCUAUAACUCGCCGCAGCGCACCACCUCGCAACCAUUCGACCGCUCGUUCGAUACGCCGCGCGUUCGCAUCGUGCUCUGAAGAAAACUGGCAGGAUUUCACGAAUGCAGAGAAUCUGCCCGAAAAGACUCGCGUAAAGUGGGAUCUGGAAAGAACGCUGUCAUAUGCAAAGAGCACGUCUCGGCUUUCUGUGACCUACAGACAAAGAGACAUCCUGCAGUACCUGAACUGAGAAGCAUCUCUGUCCACUCCACCCUAUAUGCUUUUAUUAAUGGUGUCAGAGCAGACGCAAUGCGGUGAUGACCCACAGUGAUAGAAGGUCAAUCAUUGGGAAGUGGAUGCAAAUCUCAGCACAAUUGGAGUAUAGAACCUUCUAGAAACUAUUUGACUUUUUUGAAUGGCUAAGGUAGGAUAUCUGUGUCGUAAUUAUAGCAGAAAUGCUAGCAAAGAUUAUUUGUUUUAAAUCUUUUUAUGAACCUAAAUCAGAAAACAAGCAGUAAUAGCAAAAGAGACUCUAAUAAAUACAUAAUCUAUUAAUACUUUUAGUAUCAAAAAGUAUCAGUUGAAUAAAUAAUCAUAUAUUCAACUGAAUCAUUUUAAGUCAUCCCCUAAUUUAGAACCAUUGAUAUAGAAUGUAAAUAUGAAUAAAGAGAAAGCCUUCUUAGUCCUUUUUCUAUAACUGCACAUGAAGGAAUAGUUCUAUCUUUUUAAAUCACAAGAAAUGAUUGGUAGAAAAAAGCCUUUAGGGAAAAUAUUAGGUGAUGUCUGUGUUUCUGUAAUAAAUGCUUCUGAGCAGAACUAAACCAGCACUGACAUCAAAAGAUGGAUGGUUUGUGCUCAGCUGAGCAAUGCUUUCCAAAUAACUACACGUGAUUGGCCCCCGUGGGCUAAACGCAGGUGAUCCAGCCACUGACGAGAUGCCAUCGAAGGUGUCAUGCCUGUAUUUGCUGACUGUGGUCUGCUGGGCCAGUGCUCUGUGGUAUCUCAGUGGCUCUCGGCCCUCAACCACCUACGUAGGUCAGAUGACCUUCACCGCCCGCAAACCGCUGCCGAGGAUCUCGAAGAACGACACGUUCAGCAAUAUCCGAACGCGUGCUCUGAACCCCCACAAUUUCAAGUUCCUCAUCAAUGAGCCCAACAAAUGUGAAAGCACAACGCCCUUUCUUGUUCUCCUCAUAAGCACCAACCACAAGGAGUUCGAUGCCCGCCAGGCGAUCCGCGAGACGUGGGGAGAUGAGAACACGUUCGGCGAAGUUCGCAUUUUGACUCUGUUCCUUCUUGGGUUCAGCACCGAACCUGUCCUCAACCAGAUGGUGGAACAAGAGAGCCAGAUCUUCCAUGACAUCCUAGUCGAGGACUUUGUGGAUUCCUACCACAAUUUGACCCUGAAGACUCUCAUGGGUAUGCGAUGGGUGUCUACGUUCUGCCCCAGCGCGCAAUACAUCAUGAAAACGGACAGUGAUAUAUUUGUUAAUAUGGACAAUUUAGUGUUUAACCUUCUAAGACCAAACUCUAAACCAAGGCGACGCUUUUUCACAGGUCAUGUGAUAAACGGAGGACCCAUACGGGACGUUCACAGCAAGUGGUUCAUGCCCAGAGAGCUUUACCCCGACAGCAGGUACCCACCUUUUUGCUCUGGCACUGGAUACAUCUUCUCUGGAGACGUUGCAGAGCUGGUUUAUAAGACCUCGCUCCAUACUAGACUCCUACAUCUGGAGGAUGUUUAUGUGGGACUAUGUCUGCGGAAACUAGGCAUUCAUCCUUUCCAGAACACUGGAUUCAAUCAUUGGAAAAUGACCUACAGUCUCUGCCGCUACCGAAAAGUCUUGACUGUGCAUCAGAUCUCACCAGAGGAGAUACUGAGAAUAUGGAACGAUAUGUCCAACAAGAAACACCUCAAAUGUUAGUGUUUUCGCUGAUGUGUGAUAAUGAAAAUAUGGUUAUGUAUUGGUAUUCAAGGAACACUCCACUUUUUUUUUUUAAAUGGGCUUAUUCUCCAACUCCCCUACAGUUAAUAAGUUUAGUUUUACCUUUUUUAAAUCCAAUCUUCAGGUCUGGCAAUAGCACUUUUAGCAUAGCUUAGCAUAGAUCAUUGAAUCCAAUUAGACCAGUAGCAUAUGAUUAGGAACUAUACUCUCAUUCCGUUGUAAUAACCGAGGAUGUGUACUGCGUGUGCUGCGGGCAUGAUACGGCAGCAAACUUCCCUGAUUAUUACUCCGGAAUGAGAGUAUAGUUCCUAAUUAUAUCCGCCUAGAAAAUUUCUGCUAGUCUUAGUACACAAUAUAACUACAGAAGAGUCAAGAUUUAAAUAGGAAAAAUACUAAAACACUGGUCAUUUUUGAUCGCGAUGCUACUGGUCUAAUUGGAUUCAGUGAUAUAUUCUACAC